AUGAAGUCGGAAAAGUUGAUACCAAACUCUAGUGAGCAUGCCAGCGAGAAGGGACUGGAACAAACAAAGACUGAAAAUGGCAAUAAAAAGCGGACCAAAUUGCCUAAGAACCGAUCACAGCUUGGCAAAGACUUUGUCGCACCGGAUGGUGGUUGGGGCUGGAUGGUGGUAUUGGCUGCUGGAUGUUCCAAUCUCUGCACAUUCCCAGUGCUACAGCAGUUUGGUCUGCUGUUCCGGGAUCGGAUGACCGAACUGUCCAUCAGUGCGUCUGAGGUGACGACCAUCAUCAACACACACUCAGCACUAACAUCGAUCGUAGGCUUAGCAAAUGGUCCCAUGUUCCGAUUGUUCACGUACCGCCAGGUUGCAUUCUUCGGCGCACUGCUAGUAGGAAUUGCGGUCUCACUCACGUCUCUAGCGGAUAGUUUUUUCGAGUACAUGAUCACCUUCGCAGUACUUUACGGUGCCGGUGUCGGUAUCAAUGCAUCCGCCAACUCGCUAGCACUCAAUACCUACUUCAAGCAGAAGCGUCGCAUCGCAACCGGCUUCGCGUGGACACUGACCGGGCUCGGACCGAUCGUUGCGCCGCAUCUCGUAACCUUGCUGCACCGGCAUUUCAGCGUCAACCAUACAGUGCUGAUCUUCGGAGGGUUCGCGAUGAAUGCGGUCGCGUUCGCGCUGCUCUACCAGCCCGUCCAAUGGCACUCCAAAUCUCCACUAUCAACGUCCGAACCGGAUGAAGCUAACCUACCAACAACUCCGCCACCGAGCGAACGCUGCAUCUACUGUCAAACUGCACAAGAUCCGGAAGCGGUCCCAUUCAACACACUGCCCAUCGAGCGAUCGCAGCAAGAUCUGCUCGCUUACGAUGCCGCCGUCGACACGGGUACUCCGAUGUUGUCCCGCGCAAACGAUGGUUGGUACUCGCGCAGUUCGCUCCGCUCACUGUACAGCUCCCGGCACAGUCUUACCACACCGCGCAUACUCUCCCAUCGCCCAUCCGUGCUGAGCCUUAGCGAUACGCGAGCGUUCAUUGCGAUCCCUGCAAAGGAUACGGCCGCGUUCAAGAUCGAAGAAUGCCAGACGGAGGACUGCCCGGACGUGCAGGCUGAGCAUAAGCCGCUGCGACGUCCGACAGAUCCUACACCGUUGCCGCAGAGAUCGUACUUCGAGCAGAAGGAGCCUCCAGUAGAACCACUAUCCACGAACGGAUUCGGCCCAGGGCUGGGCGAAAAGGAUGUGCUGAAGCAGGCGUCAAAGCGACUCGCACAGCUGGUAGAAGAGACUCGACCAACCAACUGUACCUGUUCGCAAGCGUUACAGUCACUGCUCGAGGAUGGGCCGGACGAGGAGCUUCCGCUCACGCUGCUCCAGCGUAUCGUCAUCUUUUUCGAUCUUGAUCUGUUGCGCGAUCGCAUCUACAUCAACAUUAUGAUCGGCAUUACGAUCGCGAACUUUGCCGAGCUGAACUUCUCCAUCCUGACACCGUUUGUGCUGGCAGACUUUGGGUGCAGUCGGGAUCAAAUUGCGAUGGCGAUGUCGGUGCUCGGUGUGACGGACAUCUGCUGCCGGUGUCUGGUGCCACUCAUUGCCGAUCGCAUAAAAUGGCAGAACCGUACGUUCUUUCUAGUGGGUGUAGUCAAUAUGGCGCUCGGUAGAGUCGUUCUAGCACACUUCCACAGCUACACAGUGGUGCUGGCCACCGCUUGUUGGAUUGGGUUUAAUAAGGGUCUCAGGACGGUGUUUAUGGCGCUGGCCAUUCCAUCACAUGUCCCGUUGGAUCGACUUCCUGGAGCUACCGGAAUACAUCUACUGUUUGCUGGGUUCUUCUACCUAUUUGUUGGUCCGAUUGUCGGCUACGUAAGGGAUGCAACCAACUACGCUACCACGUUACACUUCCUCAACCUGGCCACCUACACGAUGGCAAUCUGUUGGUCGCUGGAGAUGUACUACUUCACGCCACGACAGCGACGCUGGCAAAAGGCCACCGAUGCUACCGGAAGCUGAGCUGCCA